CCUUUCGAAUGUCGAUGUCUGCUGUUUCCAAUCGAUUACAAGCUUGUGGUGCUCAUUCUUGUGGGGGUACUGUAGUAAAAAGUAUAUAAACAUCACUUCAAAAAUUCUUGCAGGAUUUCCAUUUUCAGAUACAGCAAUCACUGUUUAUCACCAGCCCUGGUUAGGAUGGCAGCUGUUGAAACUUCUAGACAAAGUAUCAAAUUUAGCGAAGAAUUCCGUCAAGUCGUAUACAAGAUCAACCCAGACUAUUUGUCUUGCACGCAUAAGACAUUAUUCGAAAUCAACGCAACAGACAGUUUAAGGAACCAGGAGGCUGAUUUUCAGAUUUAUACUAAUGACUCCACAGAGAGGAGAAAACCAGGUUACGACGUGAACGAAAUGAAAUACCCCUCAACGAGCAUGUCCAAUAUCGCAGGAACUUAUUCAGAUUCUGCGUUAAAAGUUCUACAGAGUAAUUACAUCUCCAACGACCGACGGGGGCUGAAUGGAUGGGAGGUUUGUAUCAGAGCACACUCCGCACAGUCUUUCAGCUUCAGGAAACACAGACUUGACAGUAUGCGGGAUCUUCAGCGGGGUAGGAGUCUCUCGGCCAGUAUCAACCCGACCAGGCGAGAGAAAGUGAAGGUGUCCAAGAUCUCCGUCAGCUCCCCGGGGCCCCUGGGGAGCCAGUUCUGUCGCCAGGACUCGGUGGACAGUCUGUGCAGACGGGACGACGCCCACUCCUCCUCAUCUAGCUCCAUCAGUGGACACAACUACUGUACCCCGGGGUACUUCACCACCAAUCCGAGGCCUAUUGCGUACAAGUUCAAGCACUUCGAGUACACCAGCAAUUACAUUGAGCAAUACAGAAAUGAAUACACGUAUCGUAAUCUGAACCCACCCUCCAAGCCGUCCUCACCCAGCUCGUGUAACUGUGAGGUACGGGGGCACGCUAAUCCGGGGAGACAGCCGGCCUACAGAUGGCUUGAUGUCCCCCAGGACAAGGACUGCUCCCACCCCCAGCAGGAGGGGCACGCUGUCACCAUGUCUAGUUCCAAUGGACUGACCAUCAACAGUAUCAAAACCCCAACACAGAUCGAGCAGGCGCAGGUCCGAUCCCGGCAGUCACCCCGAUACUUGUUGGCCCACAACGGCGUGGUCAAGAUGGGCUACUACAACAAUCCGCUGGUCAUCGACACCACCAAACAAGACAACAAGACGUCCCCCGGUCUGAGCCGGAACAGGCCCACCAUUUCAUCCACAGGCCGGGUCGUUCUCCACCCCAACUCGUCUAGUAUUACGCCCGUUAGAGGAUCGGUGUAUUAUCGCAAACCAAACAAAUGACAAUGAUGCAGGCUUGCAACAAUCAGUGUUGGAAAAAAUGUAUGAAGAGACAUAAUUCUUUGCCAAAAAUAAAGACACGCAUUUACGUAUCAUAAUUGUGUAAAAAUAAAUUAUGGAAUGCA